AUGAUUUUGGAUAUGGAAAGUCAAAAUUUUAGGAGGAAUUAAUUUAGAAAAUUAAAUACCAUAAACAGGAGGACUUGGAGAGGAUGUUUUUAUGGAUUUAGGUAGAAUAUAUAGUGUGUAAGAUAAAGUUCUUAUAAAUGUUUAUUUAUUGAUCCAAGAGAAACUUGUGAUUCUAGUAAAACAAAUAAUCAUUAAAUUUAGAUUAAUAAAAGGAAAAUAAAGGGAAUAUAAUGAGGACUAUUUGCAAAAAGUGA